AUGGAGGCCUUCAACCCGUGGAAGGACUACCUGGGCCUGGCCCGAGUGGUCGAAGCCUUCCGGGAAGAGCCGGCCCUCGCGGAUUCCCGGCCCGCGGCGUCGUCCUCGUCGUCGUCCUGGGGCGAGAGGCGUCUCCCCCAGCCGCCCUCCUGCUCCUUCUGCAGACACAACGGCGAGGCGCGCCACAUUUACCAGUCCCACAACCUGAAGGACGCCGAGGGCCGGGUGGUCUGCCCCAUCCUCCGGGGCUACGUCUGCCCCCAGUGCGGGGCCUCCCAGGACGCGGCCCACACCCGCCGCUUCUGUCCCCUGACCAGGAACGGCUACACGUCCGUCUACACCUACGGCCCCAGGAACCCCCCGGCCAAGGCGGCCCCGGGGCCCAAGCCCAAGGGGACCCCGGGGGGCACGGGCCCCCAGGGGCCCGCCCCGGGGGGCUGCUGA